CUUCCUCUCUCGUAUUCUGCAUUUCGUUAUCGAAUCAUUACUCAAUUUCAAUCUUAUUAAUGAGUUUCUGCAACAAACUAAACCGCCUCGUUCGGCACCGUAGUGAGAACAUCGCCUCCUAUCUCAAGACCUUCUCCUCGGAAGCUACUCACCACAGGUUCCACAAGGAGACGCACAGUUUCCUCGAGCCGGAGAGGUUUAUUAAUAGCUGGGAAGUUCCGAGAGAUCCCAGAGAGGCGGAGAGGAUGCUUGCGGAGCUGAGGAGGGAUUACGCGAAGAAAGUGAGUUUGUUUCGUAAAGACUACGUUCAUGAGAUUGAGAUGCUUAGGGUGGAGAAGCAGCGUAAGGAUGAGGCUAGGUUGGUGGCUGAGAGGGCUGUUAAUGAGGAGAGGAAGAGGUUGAAAGCUGAGGUUGCUAAGGUUAGAGCUGAGGAACGUAAGGUGUUUGAGGAGGAGUUUAGGAGAACACUGAUGAAAGAAAGAGAGGAAAAGUUGGAGUUCUCGAGAAUGACAGGACUAAAAAGGGAAGAGAAGAAGAAAGAUAAAAAGAAGCUAUUACAUGAGCAAAGUUCAUUGUGGAUCGAACCAAAGGAACUCGAGAAGAAGAUUACAGAAGCUCUGGUUGAGUCCACUACUCUCUAA